UCAUAUUAGUUUUCAUGCUUUCAGUUCGAGCAAGCAAAGUAAUCUUGUUAUAAAAGUCAUCCCUGAAUAGGGUAAAAUCUCGUCAUACGAGUAUACUGAACAAACUAGAAUCCAUUGAAACAGCACCCAUCCCAUCUUCUCUCGCUUGAUGGAUACAGAUGAUCGCAAGUGUUGCUCGAAUUCACAGGAUGAGAUGCCGCCACAGAGCAAGAAAAAGCUACGGAAGAAAGUCCAUAAGAUUCUAUCUCCUAGUGAUCUAAGAACAUUGCAAUGGCUUACGGAGAAAACUCCAAUCCAGGAGAAGACUAAGGUUCAGAAAACACAUCACAGAUCUGUCCUAGUGCAGCGGUCCAGUAAUCCUGACAAGAUUAUGCAUUCGCAUGCGAAUCCUCACACUGAUACCCAUGCAGAGGAUGAUCAGAAUCGGCAGAGCACCUCCAAGAUGAUGCAGAAACAUCUGCAGAAAGAAUACCAGAAGCCCCCUAAGAAAGAUCCACAUGAGGAUCCUCUUCAGAAGGCGACUCAUGAUCAGUUCAAGCAGAAGCAACCGGAGGAGUAUCGAGUGUCUGCAUAUCAUAAUUCUAUAAAGAAGCAUUCGCAUGAGAAUCCUCCCACGGAAACCCAGAUAGAGGACGAUCAGAAUCGCCAAAGUACCUCCAAGAUGAUGCAGAAAAAUCUGCAGAAAGUAUACCAGAAACACCCUAAGAAGGAUCCGUAUGAGGAUCAUACUCAGAAGCCGUGUCAAGAUCAGAUCAAUCAGAAGCCACCGGAGGAGUAUCGAGUGUCUGCGUAUUAUAAUUCUAUAAAGAAGCACUCGCAUGAGAAUCCUCCCACGGAAACCCAGACAAAAGAUGAUCAGAAUCGCCAGAGUACCUCCAAGACGAUGCAGAAAAAUCUGCAGAAAGUAUACCAGAAACCCCCUAAGAAGGAUCCGUAUAAGGAUCAUACUCAGAAGCCGUGUCAAGAUCAGCUCAAGCAGAAACCAUCGGAGGAGUAUCGGGUGUCUCUGAAUCAUAAAUCUACAAAGAAGAAUUAUCCUGAAAGCCCACAGAAUAUGCAGCAGUCCUUGCCACAGUCAUCUGAUGAGCAGCCCCCUAAAAAUCCAGACAAUAUUAUGCAGCAAUAUCUGCAGACGGAAUACCAGAAGCCCCCUAAGAAGGAUCCGUAUGAGGAUCAUACUCAGAAGCCGUGUCAAGAUCAGAUCAAUCAAAAGUCACCGGAGGAGUAUCGAGUGUCUGCGUAUUAUAAUUCUAUAAAAAAGCACUCGCAUGAGAAUCCUCCCACGGAAACCCAGACAGAGGAUGAUCAGAAUCGCCUGAGUACCUCCAAGAUGAUGCCGAAAAAUCUGCAGAAAGUAUACCAGAAACCCCCUAAGAAGGAUCCGUAUGAGGAUCAUACUCAGAAGCCGUGUCAAGAUCAGCUCAAGCAGAAACCAUCGGAGGAGUAUCGGGUGUAUGCGUAUCAUAAUUCUAUAAAGAAGCAUUCCAUUGAGAAUCCUCCCACGGAAACCCAGAUAGAGGACGAUCAGAAUCGCCAGAGUACCUCCAAGAUGAUGCAGAAAAAUCUGCAAAAAUUAUACCAGAAACACCAUAAGAAGGAUCCGUAUGAGGAUCAUACUCAGAAGCCGUGUCAAGAUCAGCUCAAGCAGAAACCAUCGGAGGAGUAUCGGGUGUAUGCGUAUCAUAAUUCUAUAAAGAAGCACUCGCAUGAGAAUCCUCCCACGGAAACCCAGACAGAGGAUGAUCAGAAUCGCCAGAGUACCUCCAAGAUGAUGCAGAAAAAUCUGCAGAAAGUAUACCAGAAACCCCCUAAGAAGGAUCCGUAUAAGGAUCAUGCUCAGAAGCCGUGUCAAGAUCAGCUCAAGCAGAAACCAUCGGAGGAGUAUCGGGUGUCUGCGUAUCAUAAUUCUAUAAAGAAGCACUCGCAUGAGAAUCCUCCCAUGGAAACCCAGACAGAGGAUGAUCAGAAUCGCCAGAGUACCUCCAAGACGAUGCAGAAAAAUCUGCAGAAAGUAUACCAGAAACCCCCUAAGAAGGAUCCGUAUGAGGAUCAUACUCAGAAGCCGUGUCGAGAUCAGAUCAAUCAGAAGCCACCGGAGGAGUAUCGAGUGUCUGCGUAUUAUAAUUCUAUAAAGAAGCACUCGCAUGAGAAUCCUCCCACGGAAACCCAGACAAAAGAUGAUCAGAAUCGCCAGAGUACCUCCAAGACGAUGCAGAAAAAUCUGCAGAAAGUAUACCAGAAGCCCCCUAAGAAGGAUCCGUAUGAGGAUCAUACUCAGAAGCCGUGUCAAGAUCAGCUCAAGCAGAAACCAUCGGAGGAGUAUCGGGUGUCUCUGAAUCAUAAAUCUACAAAGAAGAAUUAUCCUGAAAGGCCUCAGAAUAUGCAAAAGUCCUUACAACAGUCAGCUAAUGAGCAGCCUCCUAAAAAUCCAGACAAUAUUAUGCAGCAAAAUCUGCAGACGGAAUACCAGAAACCCCCUAAGAAGGAUCCGUAUGAGGAUCAUCCUCAGAAGCCGUGUCAAAAUCAGAUCAAUCAGAAGCCAUCGGAGGAGUAUCGGGUGUCUCUGAAUCAUAAAUCUACAAAGAAGAAUUAUCCUGAAAGGCCUCAGAAUAUGCAAAAGUCCUUACAACAGUCAUCUAAUGAGCAGCAUCCUAAAAAUCCAGACAAUAUUAUGCAGCAAAGUCUGCAGACGGAAUACCAGAAACCCCCUAAGAAGGAUCCGUAUGAGAAUCAUGCUCAGAAGCCGUGUCAAAAUCAGAUCAAUCAGAAGCCAUCGGAGGAGUAUCGGGUGUCUCUGAAUCAUAAUUCUACAAAGAAGAAUUAUCCUGAAAGGCCUCAGAAUAUUCAAAAGUCCUUACAACAGUCAUCUAAUGAGCAGCCUCCUAAAAAUCCAGACAAUAUUAUGCAGCAAAAUCUGCAGACGGAGUACCAGAAACCCCCUAAGAAGGAUCCGUAUAAGGAUCAUACUCAGAAGCCGUGUCAAAAUCAGAUCAAUCAGAAGCCAUCGGAGGAGUAUCGGGUGUCUCUGAAUCAUAAUUCUACAAAGAAGAAUUAUCCUGAAAGGCCUCAGAAUAUGCAAAAGUCCUUACAACAGUCAUCUAAUGAGCAGCCGCCUAAAAAUCCAGACAAUAUUAUGCAGCAAAAUCUGCAGACGGAGUACCAGAAACCCCCUAAGAAGGAUCCGUAUAAGGAUCAUACUCAGAAGCCGUGUCAAGAUCAGCUCAAGCAGAAACCAUCGGAGGAGUAUCGGGUGUCUCUGAAUCAUAAAUCUACAAAGAAGAGUUAUCCUGAAAGCCCUCAGAAUAUGCAGCAGUCCUUGCAACAGUCAUAUGAUGAGCAGCCCCCUAAAAAUCCAGACAAUUUUAUGCAGCAAAAUCUGCAGACGGAAUACCAGAAACCCCCUAAGAAGGAUCCGUAUGAGGAUCAUCCUCAAAAGCCGUGUCAAAAUCAGAUCAAUCAGAAGCCAUCGGAGGAGUAUCGGGUGUCUCUGAAUCAUAAAUCUACAAAGAAGAAUUAUCCUGAAAGCCCUCAGAAUAUGCAGCAGUCCUUGCAACAGUCAUCUGAUGAGCAGCCCCCUAAAAAUCCAGACAAUUUUAUGCAGCAAAAUCUGCAGACGGAGUACCAGAAACCCCCUAAGAAGGAUCCGUAUAAGGAUCAUACUCAGAAGCCGUGUCAAGAUCAGCUCAAGCAGAAACCAUCGGAGGAGUAUCGGGUGUCUCUGAAUCAUAAAUCUACAAAGAAGAAUUAUUCUGAAAGCCCUCAGAAUAUGCAGCAGUCCUUACAACAGUCAUCUAAUGAGCAACAGUCGCAGUCGAAUCAAUCACAGAAGCAGCGUUUCUCGAAUGCUCCUCAGGAGCAGGCACAGCUUAAUCUACGCGCGAAUAAAUGGAUUCAUAGCGAAAGCAGCUCAAAAACUACAGUCGUCCCAGUGACAGGUUCUCAGUGCAAUGUCCGCCUGGUACCGGCAAGCCCAGAGUUAGCCAAAGAGAAUGCUAUCGACGUGCUUUAUAGGAGCGGGGACCAUCUCCAACCAUCAUUCAUGGUCGAUAAAACCAAGGAACAUUUUCCAGAUUCUGCCGUUGAACUGAAUAAGAAUACAUCGGAUAAUCACAUGGAAUGCGAGUGUUGCGAAAAGGAGAACCCCGAGAUGGGAUCCAAAUACAAGCUGUUCAGAGACGAGAAUCAGAUGCCUUGUACGGAGACCAAUUCCUCUAGAUCGAAUCAAAUCAGUGUGAGGGACGGGAACGAGCUGCUUUCCUUGGUCCGCAACGAGAUAGAAUUGCAAUCGGUUUUUAUGAAAUUUACUGAUGAUCUGGUGUUGCAUGCAAAGAAGAUGGGCUUUUUGGCUCAGGAUCAUCCUCAGAAGCCGUGUCAAGAUCAGUUCAAGCAGCAAUCGCAGGAAGAGUGUAAGGAGUCAUUCUUUUGCAAUUCUUCUAAACAACAGUCGCAUUCGAAUCAAUCACAGAAGCAGAGUUUCUCGAAUGCUCCUCAGGAGCUGUCUGCUAACAAAUCGGACACCUUGAGUAUGAAGAAGAAAGCCCAGGAGAAGGUGCUUCUGGGGAUAAUAGAUCAAAUAGUGAGUUCGAAGGUCAUCAGUCCCAUGGUUCACAAGAUACAAAAACAGUAUAUUCAAAAUCUACGACACGAGAUCUCUCUGGUGGAUUAUUUGGAGCGGGUGCCGGUUCUCGUCAGUGAGGUCUGUAAGGGAGCAGUUAAUUUGGAAGAGAGCAAAGUUUCAAAAUAACUCCAGACCUUUUUUAAUUAUUACGACCUUUGCUUUAUAUAUUUUCUAAGCGUUUCUUAAAAAAAAAAUUAAAAACCAAAUAGGGAGUUUAAAUUA